CAAAACAACACUGCUGCAUGGUCCUCUGUGGCUUUGUUUAGAGCUAUUUUCAUUGAUGGAGCAAAAACAGACCAUGUGACUGCAGACCGCAGUACUGUGUCUAAAAUGUAUAAGAAAAUGAGCUGGAGCUGGGGCCGGUGCAGGGGCUGGUGCAGGAGCCGGGGCAGGUGCGGGGGCCGGUGCUGGAGCAGGGGUGGUGGAUGCCAGCUGUGCUAAGAUGAAUGGCAAGAGGUUGAGGAGGGCGUUGGUGUUUGGAGGCUGAGGCUGGUUAAAAAACGUGUCACUCCAAAAUGAACAGUCUCAUUUUACUGACCAUGCUGUGGCUCAUUCCCUCUGGAGCUCUCUGUCACCGCUAUAAACCCUGGAGCUCCUCUGGCAGUGAUGAGAGGAUCUAUGGGCCCAAUAUUCCUGGAGGUCACUACUACUACGUGAGGCCUGGACCUCUGUACCCCUUUCUAUUGUCCCUCCUGCCUCGACCAGUCCCGGCCCCGGCCCCGGCCCCGGCCCCGGCCCCGGCUACUUCUCCCGCUCUGACUCCGGCCCCAGCACCCACAGCCACACCCAGACCCCCAGUCAUUAGCACCACUGUCCGAGGAGAUGGUUGACCUGAUGACCAAAUGACCAAAAUGUUUUACUUAA